AUGAGGGAUAUCACCACAGCUAUGCGCCCUCCGGAUACCGGAAGGGCAGGCGCGACUGGCAGAUCCGAUACACCAACUCCUGGUCUCAAACGGUACAUCAAACCUCGUGCUGGAUCAGAAUCGUCUAGUUCCGGCUCCCGAAAUAUCAACCGUGUAAAAAGUCCACCGCCCGCCAUGCAAGCUUUUGGCGGUAGCGGUCUUUCGCAAUCAAUCCUGGAAGGGUAUAGUAGGCCUAGUCUUUCCUCGGAGUCACUGAGUGAAAUGACGGAACCGGCGCUCUUAUCCCCACCGGGUUCUUGGAGGGAUAGGGAGAAGCAUAAUCGGUCUCCCUUUUCUGAAAGUUCGAUUUCAUCCGUGGAGUCGAGGAGAAGAAAAGGGAAGGGCAUCAUUGCUGGGUCCACUGCUGCUCCUAGUUCAGUAUAUAGUCAGGCCUCAAUGGCAAGAGACCCAAAAAAGGGGCCAUCAUCGCCGACUUCUUCGAUGUACUCGACUCAAGAUGAAAGCGACCCAAAUUUCGGCUUUGCUAAGUUAAAGAUACGACACGGUGAGCCUAUUACUCGAAGAGACUGGGGCUCUGCGAGUGAUGUGUCAGUACCUGGGCAAGACGUUCGGUUCGUGGCACGGUUCGUGAACAACUUGAGUGACAUCACGGAAGACAUGAACAUAUCUGCCGCUAGAACAAUCAAACGAGGUCGAAUCGACGGUCUAGGCGGUGACUCCUUCAUCGACGUCGAGAAGUUCAAAGAGGCCGACCUCAACUUCUACAUCCGCGUGCGAGUCACUAAUCAUAAAAUCGACGUCAAGGACGCCUUGCAGUUUAAUCCCGAAUGGAUUAUUAUCGAGCACGAGUUUACAGAAUGUUUCGGUGAUACAUUUAUUUCUGGUUUCAUUGAUGGCGGAGAGUUUAAUGCUUUACUUAGUAUACGGGUUCUUAAUAAAACGAAGGUGAAAGAUAUAGAAGCUGGUGUAAAAGCUGCUUUUGGAAACAGUCUUUUCAACUUGGAUACAGCUGGCAAAGAUGAAUGGGAAAAAAGAGACAUCGAUAAUAGCUGCGAAAUCAACGUAUCCGCAAUAUGGUCAGGAAACGGGCGCAUAAAGUCGAGCGAGAAGCAAUGGCCGAUACAUAGCUUAAUGGAAGCAGCUGCAAAUUUCCCCGACCUUGUUGCCACUGAACCACAUCGAACAUAUGCUAUUCUUACCUCUUAUCCUUACCUACGGAGUUUUUACAAAGAUGGAGAGCUCCAAAUACCUCUUGCGCCUUACGGUUAUGCAAUUCAACGAACAAGGGCCCUACUCGAUGCUUAUCUCGACUAUAAAAGUUUAAGACAAAGGUUGGAUGAAGAUAUCGCAGACAUACAAAACGGGGACAAAGUUUUCCAAUCGAAAGAAUAUUUCCGACGUCCGAGCGUACACCUCCGUCGAGACAUUGCCUCUGCUGAAGAUGAUUCCAAAUUCGCGCCUACAGUCGGGGAACUUGACCAAGCUAUCAAGGCCGCAACUUCCCAGAUGAAGAGUAUUAUGGAAGAAGUGAAUAUUCUUGUUAAGGCUCCGGGAACAGCAAUAGAGAUAGGGAAGACUACAUUCCAACAUCCUGAUAUCUUUCGAAGUCGAUUACCGAAAUUGCUGCCCAAAUUAGCGAAAGAUAUCAUUGCCCGAUCUGCAGUUGUCGUUCAGGCCGAUCAAUCCCUCUACUUGGUUUCAAGCGGAGGUAGCAAAGCUAAUAUGAUGAGCGGCAAGUUCGUCCCGCGGACGGAGGAGUUAGAGAACUAUCACUAUGCUGGGAGUUACAGCUUCGUGAGGAGUGCGGUCCAAGAAUCUAGUCACAUUGCCAAGAGAGUCCGUAACGAAACCCAAGACCAACUACCACCGAGGAUAUUCACUGGAAUCAGGCAACUCAUUGCUUUCUCAGAAGCCUUUACAGAUCCGAGCCUGAGGUUUAGGAUCUAUAGUACUAAUGAGACGGCGAGGGGGUUUGAUUGUUGUUUCCACGACUGGUCGGACAGACAGAUAACAAGUGGUACAUUCGAUGUACUUGCGGUCAACCGUUCCGAUCCCAAUUUCCUAACAGGCGCUGUUGAAGGCCGUGGCGUCCAGGAAUGGUCUAUUGUCUUCUCAAGAGCGUUCAGAAGGGCCCCAGAGAUUGUUAUCUGGCUUACAGGGGUGGAUAUCAAUAAAACACCGGAACCAGCCGUCGAUCUUGAAGUCCGUGCCGUUACUACUAAGGGGUUUAGGUUCCUACCAAAGAUACCUAACCCAGAAACAUGGGUUUCCUUCUCCUGGGUGGCAUAUAACCCAGAUGCCGGGGGAAUUAUUAGUGGGUUUUUAGAGUUUGGAAGUAGGAAGCAUGAUUACGGAGACAGCGGGAGGGUAGAGUUCCCACCCGGAGCCUUUAGUCAGAGACCAAGGGUUUUAGCAGCAUUGCAUGGGUUCGCAUUUUUCCCCAUGACGGAAGAUGAACAAUCAGAUGUGAAAACUAAUGCGAAGGGAGUGGUGGAUACUAUUGCGAAGGGAGAGAUAGAUCUCGAGAUUGGAAAAACUACUAUGGAUGGAUUUAAUUGGGGGUUUAGAGCGGCUGUGCCGAAAGGGUGUAAGGUUGUCAUGCAGUGGAUGGCAGUGGCUUGA